CCUACUCCACCUACACACACACACACACACACAGUGUGUGUUCUCCUUUCUCUCUCGCACCUCACUCCCCUGACCAUUUGAUAGUCUGGAUUUGUUGUAGCGAUGGCUCCGAAUCCAAAAGUUGCAAAAGCUUUUCGUGCUAUGCGAGAGCUUGGGAUUCCUGAGGAGAAAACAAAACCAGUUUUAAAGAAUCUUCUGAAAAUCUAUGAGAAGAAUUGGGAACUUAUUGAAGAAGAAAAUUAUAGAGCACUUGCAGAUGCUAUUUUCGACAGUCAGGAGGCAGAGGAAGUAGAACAGAAGAAAAAGCAUGAUAGUGUCGGAGCUCAAGCAGCAGAACAGAAAAAGAAACUUGAGCAAGCUGAGCUAUUGAAAGUUAUUGAAGAAGAAACACAAAUUCCCGAAGAACCGGAACGACCCUUAAAGCGGUUGCGACUAAGGCACCAAGAGGGACCCUCUGGCACUGGCUCUAGCUCCAAUUCACAUGUAACACCACUUAAAAAGCCAAAAAUAGAGAUUGACACUCUUCCUUAUGCAAUACCGCGGUCUCAAGCACGGGCUAUGGCUAUUACUAGUGAGCCCACUUCAGCCCAAAUAGAAGGUACUAACAAGGGAAAGCAACCUGUUUCAGCCAACACUUUGGUGGGAGAUGCUGAGAAAAGUCAACCAGAUGUCACAAAUGAAUCUGGCUCUGGUGCUAGUCUUCGUCCAAGGCAUCGGAGAGACAAAGGGAAAGAACCGAUUUCACCUCAAUCAGAUCGUCGUGAGAGGAGGUCAGGUUCUGAUAGGCCAUCCCAAGGAGUGCGGAUUAAGGAGCCAAAGCCUAAACAAACAGCUAUUCCAUUAAUAAAGCCUAAAGAUGAGCCAGUUUCCGAGACAACACCGCUUGAGGUGCCUCCUUCGGUGAUCAGACCAGAAUCAUUGACCAAUGGAGAUUCUUCAAAUGAAAUCGAUCUGCCUAGAGAAGCUGAUAAACCUCAAUCUGCUGACAACGAGAAUUCAUCAAACAAAGUACGUGGUAAUGAGCUUGCAGUUAUCCCAGAGGAAUCAACAGAAAGAUUAGAUAUCGCUUCUUCAUCAUCUGGGGAAAUCACAAUUACUUUAACCUGUAACUCUACAGCGAAAGCUAAUUUAUCUGUAGAUGCACUAUUAACAAAAAUGGAAGUUAAAUGCCUUAAUUCGUACAAAUUUCUGGAGCCCAGCUUUUCUAUAAAAAAAUUGAUGAACGAUAUGUGUGAGUGCCUUUUGGAAACGGAAACCAACUCCACCCCACCAACUGAUUCAAUGGGAACUUGUGCAGCCAAUACCGAUGCCAAUACGAAUGGCCAUGCCAAUGCCGAUACUAAUGGCACUGUUGAAGCCAAUGCUAAUGGCUCAGUAGGGAAUCAAGGUGAUUCUGAGAAUGACCAACACAUAGCGGAAAAUGGGUCUCAACAUACCAAACCCCAAAGUUUGGUGGCAGCAUCCAAUGACCACUCAACGUCUAAUGACUUAAAGUCACUUCUUGAUACUAAUGACAUAGCUAAAGGACAAGAAUCAGUGAUAAUUUCAUUGGUUAACGAAGUCAACAAGGAGCGUCCUCCAGCAUUCCAUUACAUUCCCCAAAAUGCAGUUUUUCAGAGUGCUUAUGUUAACUUUUCACUUGCUCGUAUUGGGGAUGACAAUUGUUGUACAGGUUGUUUUGGUGAUUGUCUGACAUCAACUACAUGUGCUUGUGCUCUACAGUCAGGGGGUGAAUUUGCAUAUACAAAAGAGGGUCUUGUUAGAGAGGAGCUUUUAGACGAAUGUAUAAAAAUGAAUCGUGACCCUCAAAAGCACUGCCUUUUUUACUGCAAGGAAUGUCCUCUAGAAAGAUCUAAAAAUGAGGAGAUAGUAGAGCCAUGUAAAGGUCAUUCAGUUAGAAGUUUUAUCAAGGAAUGUUGGCUGAAGUGUGGGUGUAAUAAACAGUGUGGCAACCGAGUUGUGCAGCGUGGUAUUAAACGUCAGUUACAGGUUUUCAUGACACCGGGAGGAAAAGGUUGGGGUCUGCGUACCCUUGAGGACCUGCCUAAAGGUGCAUUUGUUUGUGAAUAUGUGGGAGAAGUACUAACGAAUGCAGAACUUUAUGACCGAGUUUCAAAAAGUUCAAACAAAGAUGAACAUGCUUAUCCUGUACUUCUUGAUGCUGACUGGGGUGCUGAAAGUGAAUUAAAGGAUGAUGAAGCUCUUUGUUUAGAUGCCACUUAUUAUGGAAAUGUGGCUAGAUUUAUCAAUCAUAGGUGUUUUGAUUCAACUUUGGUAGAGAUUCCAGUGGAGGUGGAGAAUCCUGAUCAUCACUAUUAUCAUCUUGCCUUCUUCACUACAAGAAAGGUGAAAGCCCUUGAAGAGCUAACGUGGGAUUAUGGUAUCGAUUUCGAUGACGAAGAACACCCUGUGAAGGCAUUUCGUUGCCGAUGUGGUAGCAGGUUUUGCCGAAAUGUCAAACGUCCAAAUAGGACCAGAAAAAGAAGAUACAAUUGAAUUCAAGAUGUGCCUCGCAGGUUAUCACCACCAUAAGGCCUGCUUUUGGGGUGGUUUAAAACCUUUGUAGUGUUUCGUUUGCAACUUGUGUAUGUAGGUGAUGACUUAUUUUAAGAUGGGUUGUUAAAGUUAGUUUUGUAUGCCCGUCAUGUGUUUGAUGUUUUUUCAUCUCUUUUUGUAUCAACUAGAUUCAUAACCUGUAGACUUCAGUAGUUUUGUAGUGUUGGCGUUUUCAUGAAA